CACCUCCCCAACAAGAAAACAAAAAAAUUAUACACAGAGAAAGAUUGUGCGCCCCACAAAUCUCAUCUGCUGAGGAACUGUAUGCACUUCUUCUUCAACUUCUAAAAUUUUCUGCAACUAUACAUACAGCUUUCUGUAUCUAUACUCAAAACCCUACAAAUGGUGAAGUUGUAGACAGAGAAAAGAAAGUGAGCUAAAAGCUUGGGCGAAAUGCCCACGUCACCUGAAGAAAACCCUAACCCUAAGGUUAAAUUACCGGCGCCGGCGAAGAAACGGCGGUCGAGCUUAUCGGAUAUAUGGUACAACAAGGAUCCUCAGGCGUUGAAGCAAUUAGUGCUUCAAAUGCGAGCUCAAUGGGUUUCUAAUUCAACUACUCCACCUUCUGAGCCCGAUUCUGAUACUCAAACCCUAACCCUAGACGACCCGGAACCGACCCGUUUCAGCUCUGCUCCGGAUUAUACUGACUUGCUCUCUGAUGAGUUGCUGUUGAGUGUGCUUUCGAAGGUUCCAGAACAGCAGCAGCACAUUUCGAAUUCAUUGGUUUGUAAGCGUUGGUGUAAGCUUAGUGGCAAGUUGGUUAGGUCUAUUAAGCUGUUAGAUUGGGAAUUUUUGGAAUCUGGGAGGCUAAGUUAUAGAUUCCCGGGUUUAAUUGACGUCGACGUAGUUCGAACUUGUGUGAAAUCAAGGAGGAAUUCGGGGAUUGUUAUGAGUCAUAGGCUCGUUUCGUUGCAUUUGGAUUCGAGCUUUGUCAAUGGCGGGUUUGUUAGGAAAGACGGGUUUUUGGGGAAAGAGGUGGUUGAUGGAGGGGUUAAGGUUUUAGUUGAGGGUUGUGCUAAUUUAAGGAGAAUGGUGUUGAUGAAUGUGAGUGUAGAGGGCCUGAGCUAUUUGGGGGAAAAGUGUGAAACUUUGCAGGAGUUGGAAUUGCAUUUCUGUGAUGACUUUGCAUUGAAGGGGUUGUUUGGUUGUAGGAAUUUGCAGAUACUGAAAUUGGUUGGUUGCAUUGAUGGGUUGUAUAAUUCAAUGGUUUCGGAUAUAGGGUUGACGAUUUUGGCUCAAGGGUGUAGACGUUUAUUGAAGCUAGAGCUGGUGGGAUGCGAAGGAAGUUAUGAUGGAAUCAAAGCCAUUGGGCAGUGCUGUCAGAUGCUAGAAGAAUUGGUACUUUCUGAUCAUAGGAUGGAUGGUGGGUGGUUGUCAGCUCUGUCGUAUUGUAGCAACUUGAAAACUUUGAAGCUUCAUUGUUGUAAGGUUUUGGAUUCAAGUCCUGGCCCUGAUGAGCACUUGGGUUCCUGUUCUACUCUCGAGGAGCUACAUUUAGAGCAGUGUCAAUUACGGGACAAGCAAGGUGUGAGAGCAUUGUUUCUGGUCUGUGAAACUGUUCGAGAGCUUGUCUUUAGGGACUGUUGGGGAUUAGACAACACUAUAUUUGCCACUGCAAGUGUUUGUCGGAGCUUGAGAUUUCUCUCUUUGGAAGGAUGCUCCUUGCUCACGACUGAAGGAUUAGAUUCGGUAGUUCAGUCAUGGACAGUGCUUGAAAGGCUUAGGGUAGUCUCAUGUAACAAUAUAAAAGAUAGUGAAAUAACACCAGAACUAGCAACUUUAUUUUCUGUUCUCAAAGAGCUAAAGUGGAGGCCAAAUUCUCGGUCUUUCCUGUCAUCAGGUCUUGAAGGGACUGGAAUUGGGCAGAAAGGUGGUAGAUCGUUGCGGAGGAAGUGAAGUGUGGACAAACUGACGUUGAGAAAUGGAUUCCUUUGUACACCUUGAGAGGUUUAACCGUGCAAAUACUAUGAAAAUGCAAGUAAUAACAUUUGACGGUUUUGGCAUCUGCGCUCUGUUAAAACUCUGAAGAUGCGCUCUGUUAAAGCUCUGAAGAUGCUUUCAUUGAUCUUUUGCUGGUUUAUAGCCAAUUAACCAAAUUCUCUUUAGGUUUAGAACACUAUUUUUUCUCAGUUUUGUACAUGGGUUAGCCUUUUUGUACCAAAUACAGUGUUAGCUCUAGCUAUGUGUUUUAGAUAUUCAGUUACUUUUUGAACAACUGGAGUAUAUUGUGUACGAGAUUUUUAAAUUUGAUAAAUGUACUGAAUUUCUAGGAAUAAAGAAGGGAGUCAAACACAUUUUUUGCACUGUUACGUUUCAUGUGGCAUUGCUACUUCUUUGAAUUUCGGCUGUACCUUUUCUUUUCCCCUCAUUGACAGAAGUAAGAAUUCUGUUUGUAUAGGUGCUGGAUUGAGUACAUACUAUGAUUUAUUAUCUCUACAUGCAGAUUCCCCUUUAGUUGGGUUACCUUUAUUUUCUAGACUUCGCAUCAGACAUGAAUGAUCUCGCUAUGAAUCUUUUAUUUGUCAACAUUCUGAUGAAGGUGAAGUAUCGCUCUUGUGUAAUUUGCUAAGUAAUAUCUUGUGAAACUACAGAGAAAAUUUUGAAAAUGGAUCUUUGCAGGGGUUUCUUAUUUCUUCUGAAAUUUUCCUAGUAUAUGAAAAACACUAAUAAAAUGGGCCAUUUCAAGUUCGAAACUAUGCUGCAAAAGGAGGAGAGCCAGAAUUGUACUUGAUUCUGCUAAUCUCAGUCUGUGGUGAUCUGAACCUCGUGAUGAAGCUGUGGAGAUGGGACAUGAGGGGUAUCACCCUGAGCAGGUUUCAUUGUUUUUCUGCCAUCCAUCUAUUUUUUUGCUUCUCUCCAACAAUGAUGAUUCCCGCACUAUUAUCCUAUGAAUAACAGAAAGAGAAGAUUAAACAAAAGAUAAUCUUGCAAGAAAUACUACUGCUGUGAGAGUUCCAUAUUGUGAAGCAGCUACAGAGCUACUUACUCUACCUUAAAGCAAAAAAAAGAAGUGUUGGAUGUGCAUUUUUAAAGUUGCAGGUCAUGACAUCUGACAAAUUAUCCAGCUUGAAGAGUUCUUCUUCUUCUCGUCUAGAAACUUCUUAUUGGCUUCGUGAAUCAUAGUGAAGGGCAUUGGGCGUCUAAGUAGACUGUUCCGAAACCAGCUUGCUGGUAGCUGGAAUUUCUUGCUUUGAGUACCCGGAGGUCACACCAAGUUGGCUUCUUUGGCUUCUACUAUUGAAGCUAAUUGGGCUUUUGCGUUUUAUUAAGAAAUGGUUUCAACAUUUAUAAGGCUCGAGAUAUCCUCUGUAGGCCAUAGAUAGAAAUUUGCCUUUCAAGGUAAGAGAAAAGCGUCGAUUGAAACUAUGCAAAGGUUUGAUGAGGGUCUGCUAUGGUUACAAUGUAGAACAGAGUUUGUCAUCAUCUCUUAUUUUGCUGCCUCUCUGCCAGACUCUUUUAAUUGUAAGAAUAAGGUUAGCAAAUUAUAUCAUCUAUCUACUGAAGGAAGUUUUGCGCCUUUUAGUGGAUUUUGCCUAUUAGCUGGAUCUGCUGAAGUAGAUGUAAAUUGUAUGGGUCGAGCUCAACCCCUACAAUAGAGGGCUAGUUCGACCCCUACAUUUGUGGUGGAGGGUUCAAACCCUAUCAGUAGCGUAGCAUCCCCUUCCCUCACUCUGAUGUUUUUAAUUUUUUUUUUUAAAAAAGAUGUAAAUUGUAGACUGAUUCUUGCAAUUGAAAUAGGUUUUCCAAGA